AUAUCCCUUGGCUAGCGCUUCUUGUUACCGUUUCUGGAGUUGGAGAAAUAAUGUCGGCUGAGGUCGAUAUUGAAGACAACUCUUGUUUACUAUUUACCGACAGUAUACAUAAAGCUACCACUAUUGUAGAAGAAUAUGAGCGACAGACAUGUAGCAGAUUCAUUAGUGCCGCAUGUUCAAAAGAUUUUGGAAAGUCAGCUGUAGCCUUAAGCAUAGAUGCAAAAAAGAUAUAUUGGAACACAUCCUAUAACAACGAAGCAGGCUCUACUCCAUACAUUAUUAUUGGUCAAAAACAGUUGGAUUGCCACCAUGGGAAAGACCCAGAUAAGGCCAAGAAGGCAAAAUACAAAGCAGAGAAAGAAAAGAAAGACAAUCCAGUUUCAUAUUUACGUGUGAUGCCAUCCAAAAAAGUGGAUUGUCCUGCUAAGAUAACUUUACGUGAUGUCGUGUAUUUUACUGAUUUUAAGAUUGAACGUGACACAAAAUAUCACAGACAGACCAAAAGUAGAAAGUUAAAAACUGAUUUUAAAAGUAACAAGUGUGGUAAAAUCGUAAGGCACAUAUUGGUCAAUUUACCAGCGAUCAACGAGCAUCGCAAUCAUCCUUCCGGAGAGGAAGAUGGUCUCACUCAAAGGGUUGAUCCGAACGUAUCCAAAAAGAUUGAUGAGCUUCUGGCAGAAGGCAUCAACAGUGUAAAAGAAAUUCAAAAACACAUAGAAUCCUAUGUUACAACAGAGCAAUUUCCAGGACAGUCAAUCCCAACGCCAUCUAAUAGACGUUAUUUUCCAAACAAGAAAACAAUUAGGACCAAAAUUUACCAGUUUAUGAUUCAAAAGAAGAAACUUUCUGCAAUUGAACAGGAAAGUAAUGAAAGGAUUUCAGAAGAAGUCGUCGAUAAUGAUUUGAUAGCAUGUGCAGAAGUAGAGGUUGAUAAUGCUUUGAUAGCAUGCUUAGAAGAAGUGGUUGAUAAUGAUUCAGGGGCUCCUUCAGAAGAAACUGAUAAUAAUUUGAGAGUCCAUUCAGAAGAACUUGAUGAUGAUGCCAGAGCCCAUUCAGAGGAAGUUGAUGAUGAUGUCAGAACCCAUUUAGAAGAAGUUGAUGAUGCCAGAGCCCGUUCAGAAGAAGUUGAUGAUGAUACCAGAGCACGUUCAGAAGUAGUUGAUACUUUAGAACAAGCGACAGCCAUUGUAAAGGAUUAUGAAGAAAGGACACUUAGUAAAUUUAUCAGCCUAAGUUGUCCAAAGGACUUUGGGAAGUCAGAUGCUGCUCUGAAUAUAGAAGCUAAGAAGAUCUACUGGGAUAAUUCCUACACAAAGGAGGAAACUGGGUCAACACCAUAUAUAAUAGUUUCUCAAAAACAGUUGGAAUGUCAAUAUGGAAAGGAUCGAGACGAAGCUAAGAAGGCAAAACUCAAAGCUGGCAAGGAAACGAAAGAAGAUUGUGUUGCACAUAUAAGCGGAAGGGGGAGGCCAUCCAAAAAAGUAGACUGUCCUGCUAAGCUUGUUAUUCGUGAUCUUGUUUAUUUUACAGAUUUCAAGAUAAAAGAUGACACUAAAUAUCGCAAGGAGAGGAAGAGUAAAGAGCUAAAAGUUGCAUUUAAAAACAAACAAGCUGUCCGUAUUUCAAGGCAUUUCUUUAUUAAUUUACCUUCAACAAAAGAUCAUCGCAACCAUGAGUUUGGUCAGAUUGCUAGUCCACCAACAAAAAGGAAACAGCCUCGCAAGAAGGAACAAGAUAUUUCAACUGCUGAAAGCUGAUGUGAUGUCUCUUUCUCUCAUUCACAUUUAAUCAAAAUAUGCAAUACAAUAUUAUUGUCCAAGAACCUUGAUAAUAUCUAUCUAUAUUGAUGUUUUUCCUGUAUGAUGGGCAAAGAAUAAUUUGCAGUAUUUCAAUAGCGUUUUUCAUGCUAUGCAGAUGUGAUGCUUAAGUGGUUAUAAUUUUGAUUGAAAUGGACGUGUAUUACCAGAUAUUUGUUCUUUGAAGAUUCAGAAAGUAGUGUCUGUAUGUUACAUCGUACAAUUCAGGGCUAGCGCAUUUUUGUCUUCUGAAAAAAGCACAUCCUUGAAUCUCAAUCCAACAAUAAACCAAACAAUACAAUAAAGCUCAGUGUAUGUGUGCAUUUCAUUUUAAUCCACCCUUCAGACAAGGGUUUGAGUUACUGGUAGCAUUAUGAUUAUGCUCUUUAAUGUUGUACUCUCCUUGGAAAAAAUCUAAAGAAAAAACAUAAGAAAUUUUGAAUAAAAUAUUGUAUUUUAUUGUUGGAGCUGAAAGUUUCAAGUAAGUUAUAAACUUAAAAUAAAAUAAAAAAUUUGUUGCCAGGUUCUACACCAAAACCAAACCAUAUACAUGGUAAUACUCUCAAAUCCAAUGGCUCAAUGGUAACACUUUUUUUAUUGUACAGGCGCUAAAAAAGUUAUGUAUGACAAAAAAAAAAUCAACUACCUUCAUUAACAUGGGCUGUACAUUACCCAACAUCACUUUUAGUUGUAAUAAAUUUAAUCACAUUUUCCAUAUCCCUUUGUUAUAAAAGAGAAUGGCUCCUGAGUUCAAAGACCGUGUCAGCAGAGAAUUUUUUCUCAUGACUAAAAGAAAUCUCCACUACCUAGGGCCUCGUAAAUACUUGGUUUAUGAAAUAUUAUUUCGAUUUUGUUUAUUUAAGAGUGGCCUGGAAUAUGGGCUACUAAAGUUGGACUGGUCACCUAGUGUAAAAAAAGGUUCACAAAUUUAAAUCACUGUCAUUAGCAGGACCCGUAGCGUGACUUAAUUUGUGGUUGGUUCGUUUUAGUGGAAAGUGGAUCCUUUAUCUCCGAUACGCUGGAGAACAUUGAAAAUAUAUCUACUAAUAUCAAUUUUUCGUUUUUAAAUGCGGACCAUCUCCAGUUUUUGGGCUGUUCGUCGUAACCCCCUUAACUCCACCACGCUACGGGCCUGCAUUAGUCACUUAUAAUUUACAAACUAAUUUGUCGUCUUGGUGUUGUGUGUUUUUUGCACCGACCAGACUUCCACCGGAGUAAACGCAUAACCUAGCCAAAACUUAGUUGGUUGUGCAGUGCUAGUUUAAGUAUACUGUGCGUUUUUUUAUAAUUGCUUUCCUUGUAUAAAAACAAGCCUUUAAUGUAACAUUAAGCAUAUUAUACCGUCAGUUUUUAAAGGGUUUUCUUCUGUUAGGAAUGCAUAUCGACAAAUGUCCGUUAACUCAGUUGAGCACAGCACACCAAAUCGGCGGGCGCCGAUGAUUAAUUUGUCCAAAAUAAAUUGCGCCCUCUGUUGGCAGUAACAGUUUUGUUGGUACUAAAUAUUGGAGGCAUUACUUUUUGUGACAAAUGAAAUGAAAUAAAAUAAAGAGAAACUGACAUUACAA